UUAAAUAAAAAUGUUGAACGGCCACUUACUCACUUACUUACUAACAAACUGCCAUGCUGUCGUCUCAGACUAAUCCUCGACCCGCCUCCCGCACUAUAAUCUGAUUAGCAGUGAAGUCUGCCAGUGUGUGUCCAUUUGUGUUUGUGCCUUCAUGCAUUUGUCUACUUGUGUAACUUAAAACAACAGGGGUUGGCAGUCAACACUGGAACACAGACACAGUUUUGGACCGUUACGCUUCCUGACUCCUUGGCUCGGCCAUGCUCACCAGCUCUACCCACAAUGCCUGUGUUUUACUCACCUGUUCCCGAGAACCUGCAGAUGGGUCUGGCCUAUAUGGGAGGCUCUGUGUUCACCAACAACAGGACAGCGGACAGCGACUACAGCAGGGAGCAGGAGGACGCCUCUGUGGUGAACGAGCUGGUUUCUCAUCUUCCCCUGCAGAUGCUGCUGUACUUCAACAUGUUUUAUUUUCCCUGUUGGUGGUUUGCUGCUGUUUUCAUGUUGGAAGUGAAGUUCUAUUAUCUUCCCGGGUACUACCAGGCUCUGCUCAUAACCGGGAUGAUCCUCCUCACAGUCAUUGAAGUGGUCAGACUUUAUCUGGGCUACAUUGGCAACCUUAAAGAAAAGGUGCCAGAGCUGGCAGCCUUCUGGCUCCUGUCUUUCAUGUUCCAGCUGCCAGUGCUGCUGUUCUUCCUGACCGAUGAAGGAAUUAUCAUCAUGCCUCUAGAGAGAGCCGUCAACUCCCUCUACCUCCUCUUCCUGCUCGCCCAGAUCCUGGCGUCCUUCCUUGCGCUCAGGACCAUGACCCGAAAGCUCACCCUGCUCUUCUAUCUGCGUCAGUUUGGCAAGGAGGAGAGCCUCCGUGAGGCAGGGAUGAGCCCCGUAUAUGGGCUGCCCUACCACCGCAGUGUGCUGCCCAUGUCACACAACCAUGAAAUGUAUCAUUAA